CACAGGUAGUACUAUCCGGGAUAGUAACCUUACAUAAUAACGACGCUGUGUCCUAUUACUACCCUUGCUACGAUAGAGGGAUCAUCUAUUGUUUGGGGCGGGGACGAGCCCACGAAGCAAAGGGCAAAAUGGAAGAGGACAUGAAGAAAAAGAAGACACAGAGUCAUGAUGGCAGUGGUCAACAACAACAGCAGCAAAACAGAAACUCCUUUGAUGCAAUUGACAGAAAUGUUGGUGCGAAGAAAGGGGAGCAAGAGAAGAAAGAAAUUGUAGAGCUGGUGGUUGGAAGUCAGGGGCCAACCACAUUUCCCAGCAGUUCUCAGCCAAAUCACGCCCCACCCCCGGCACUUGUUCAUGAUGUUAUUAGCGGCAUUCAGCCGUUACCAACAGAAUCUCCACCAGCCCUGAAUCGAGCACAAAGGGCCUCAGAAGCGAAACCUGGGGCCUAUGCUGUGGCGGGGAUUAGACCCAUGUUUCAUCGCCCAAGAAGUAGGUCAUUGCCUGGAAGGAUUCCUGACACGGAAGGGCUGGGAUUGGAAUUGGUGCCUACCGGUGCAUCUCAAAAUGACACAGAUCUCAAUUGUGGUCUUAUUCAUGCUGACCCAGUGGAUGAGCCAGAAUGUGGGGAGAUUCCAACAGCAGAUCCAUUAACAACAAGAGCAAACAAGUUAUGGAAGAAGGAACUAUGCUUGUUCCUCUCGCUGGAAACAAUUAUUGCCCAAGUGCUUGUUACAUUAAUUCUUGUGAUAUUUCUUCUUGCUCCUCAAUCAAGUAAUCAACAAACACAGUCAGCAAAGCAGCAAAAUGGAGUAAUUCCAAUACAAGAAAAUCCAGGGACAAUUGCUUCAAUCACACAAGAACCAACAAAACUAUGGGAAAGACUAAAUCUACCUGAAUACACCCUCACGGCAAUGGAAAAUCAUAGGUCUCCACAGACCAAGGCAUAUCAAUGGAUAAGCAACAAUAUCAACAAAUCCAACAAUACGCAACAUCUCCCGGUAUGGAGACUAAAGCAAAGGUUUGCACUGGCCACAUUUUAUUAUUCAACACGGGGGGACUAUUGGGUGAAAAAUCAAGGCUGGCUGAAUUGGGACUCCAAUGAGUGCAACUGGGAACAAAUUCGUGAGAAAUGGGACCCAAACCCAGCAGCUUAUUGUGAUGAUAACGGACAACUCCUUUCAUUGCAAUUUUUGGGUACCAACAACUUGGAUGGAACGAUACCACCAGAGAUAUCCCUGUUGCAGAAGAGCUUGGAAGAACUUGCAUUAUCUCGGAACCUCCAGCUCAAAGGAAAUAUACCAACAGAGGUUGGGUUGAUGACAAGGCUGACUGCCUUGUGGAUUACCGUAACAAACUUGUCUGGCAUGCUCCCUACAGAACUAGGUCAAAUGCAAAUCCUUGAUGAACUUUUCGUAUCCGGUGAACUUUUUGUUGGGACUGUACCAACUGAGCUUGGCAGCCUUACUAACCUGAGAACGAUGAUGUUUUCAACAACAAACCUUGAAGGGUCCAUCCCCACUGAAAUUCUUCGAUUGUCAAACCUAAAGACUUUGGAAUUCUCAGAGUGCCCUAUGUUGGAUAUAAAAUCUUUCCUCACCGAAGUAGUUGGAAACCUUCACAAUUUGGAGGCACUGAGUCUAGACUCUCAGAAACCUGGGGGGCUCACAUCAAUCCCAUCUGAGAUUGGGAAGCUGUCCAACCUGGUAAAUCUAAUCUUCUGUGACUUGCAACUCAAUGGCACAAUUCCAAGUGAGAUAGGAUCGUUGACCAAGCUAAACCACUUGAACGUAGAUAGGAACUCCAUCACUGGCACUUUACCAGAAGAGUUAUCAAAGAUGUCCCAGCUGGAAGGACUGCUCAUUAGUUGCAACCAAUUAGAAGGCAGACCGCUUGAACAAGGUGUGCUUACCCAACUCACCCAGCUACGGAAGUUGCAUAUCAAUGACAACCUCUUCUCGGGCUCUAUUGCAACAGAAAUUAGUUUGUUGUCUAGUCUGAAGGAGCUUGAACUGCAAAAUACCCACCUAUCUGGGACCCUUCCCACGGAACUACUUUUGUUGGACAACUUGGCCAGCUUGGUCUUGAUGAACACAUCUGUAUCUGGGAGCAUCCCUGAUGGAUUAUGUGGUGUCGUACUCUUCCACGUGAAGUGAAACGUUUUGGUGCGAAUAUCUAUGCGGUUCCAACGACCAACCUGUCAGCCUGCUAUGGAACUAGUCUAUGUGGCUGUGCUUGUGAGCAUUGGCCAAAAGCAUGACAUGAUUGUUAGAUUGUUUUUGCCAACUAUCUACCAGCCAUGAAAGAGUGGUAGUGAUGGGAGAUUACGAUGGGGUUAGAUGGGACUAUCAAUAUGGAUGUGAAUGGAGCCAGAGGACGAGGGCAAUGGGCAAGCAGGGCGUGAGCCAAACAGGCAGGGAAGCGGACCAAACGAAGGAGGAAAGGAAUGAAUGAGGACAGUCAGGGGAAACGAUUGCGAAUGGAGCAGAGGACAAAGCCUAGUAGCAGUAAAUAUCACGAGCGCCACGAUAGUGCGUUGCCCCCGAGAACCUCGUACGACUGUAGAAGCUAGCUAAUAGCUAGGUUGGUGAGGCCU